AGAAGGAGGUCCGUAGUGACGUAUUUCCGGUGUCAUGUCAGCUCUCUGUUGAAACACCACAUGGCUAACGAUUGUCGCCGCGAUUAAAUCUACAUUUUUCCACUUUUUGGUGAAGAAGUUUUAAUUCAGCAAGACAUCGAGAGAUGGCAGAAGUUGUACAAGAGAAAGGUCGUGGCUUGAAGUUUGCAGAGCAGCAGCUCCUGCGUCACGGCUGGGAACAUGGUAAAGGACUGGGGCGAGCUGAGAAUGGCAUAUCAGAGGCUAUCAAGGUCAAAGUGAAAUGUGACAAAGGAGGGGUUGGCCAUAAGGAAGGAGAGCAGUUCACCUUCCACUGGUGGGAUCAUGUCUUCAAUAAGGCCUCUUCCAGUCUGCAGGUGGAGUCUGAUCAGAAUGGUAUUAAGUUGAAGAAGACGGUGGAGGAAGAUGAAGAAGAUGGCAUGAUCUCCAAUAAAAAGCCACGGAAGGCCACGCUAGCUAAAGCCAAACUUUAUGGAUGUUUCGUCAAGUCAGCCACACUGCUGUCUGGUCAGGAGCAGCCAGAGCCAAAGUCUUCCAACUCAGAUGACAGCAGUAGCUCAGAUGAGGAGGAGGACGACCAGAGACUGGAUCUCUCCAGCACCACCAAGCUCUCUGAUGCCGAUCUAGUGAAGGCUUGUGGAGGACGCACGGCUCACAAGGGAGCCAGACAUGGCUUGACCAUGAGUGCCAAGUUAGCCAGACUGGAGCAGCAGGAGGCUGAGUUCAUGGCUAAGUAUGGCAAAAAGAGCCAACCUGUAAGUGCCUCACUAGCUUGUGUUACACCUGCUGACCAGAGAGCUGAGAGCCAGGAGGAGGACACUCAGAGCAAAAAGAUUAAAAAGAAAAAAUCCACUGGGAGAAUUAAUGAGCUAAAUGGUAAUGAAGUGUCUGAAACUGCUGAAACAGUUGUUAAAUCCAAAAAGAAGAGAAAGGAAAAGAAAGCAGUCGAGAAAGCUGAGGAAAUAACUGAUGCCAUUUCCACUGAGGAUUUGAUGUGUGUAGAAAACGGUGAAGCAGACCAUUCACACGAAACAAAGAGGAAACAUAAAAAGAAGAACAAUUCAGAGCAGAAAGAAGACGACAGAGCAACUUCUACUGCAACAGAGAGCAAGAGUCUGGAGGAGACUGACACUGAAUUGAAGAAGAAGAAGAAGAAGAAGAAGAAGAAGAAGAAAUCCUCUAAACACCACAGCGUAGAAGAGGAGAGUAAUGAGACAGAAUCCAGCCAGUCAGAGCUGAUCCAUGACGGUGCUCCAAAAGCCAAAAAGGGAAAAGCUACAGUUUUAUUGGAGGAAGCAGAAGUUACAGAGGAAAUGUCAGUUAACAUAGAAACAAUAAAGCAGAAAAGGAAAAAAUGUAAAAAGGAAAAAACAUUUAUAGAUGAUAAAGUAUUUAACGAGGUACUUCCUCCAAAGAAGAAGAAGAAGAAGUAUAGUACCUGACUUAAAAAAUGCCCUGGACAUUUAUUAACAGAUGUAUUUUGACUGACUGGGGAACUUAACAUUACCUUCAGUCACCUCUGGUGAGUUAUGUGCUAAACAUGGACCAUACAGAGGCUGUGCUCUCUCUCUGAUGCGACCUGCCUGUAAAUACAUAUAGGUGUUUUCCACUGAUUGGACAAUACCUUUAAUUAGUAAUUCAGACCAGUAACAAGAUAAUGACAUCCAGCAGUUGUGCCUCUUCUGCCUAUUGAACAACCUCACUUCUAUCAUAUAGAUUUUUCAAUCCCUGCUUGGAAGCGUUUGUAUUUCUGAGCUUGUCGUAGAUUUCUAAGUGACUGAGAAAAUCAGAUCAGCUUGGUUGUUUAUUGCAGUUUAAGCCUAUUGCUGGUGAUUCAUGCUUUUUAACCCAGCUUCGCUAAACGGACACCAGAAAUCAAGUAAGUGUUGACAUUUGUAGGUUGAGACAUGGAGCCAAUCUAAAGCAAAUAGCCUUUAUUGACCCCUUUAUGGAAGUGCAUUUUUUUAUUAGUGCAUUUAGUGGACAGUGCAGUCCAGUUUCUGUGCCAUGAACUGUGAAGGAGGUGCCAACUUUGCUGUAUUUUUAUGAUGAGGAUAAACUAUUACAGGAAGUUCUGAAUUUUUUUAUGCAAAUGAAUGAUGUGACACAUGCAA